CGCGGACGUGCUUGGGUGCCCGCCGCGUGGUACCCGGCGCCCGGUGCCCGGGCCAGGGAAGACCAUGGCGUUCAUGGUGAAGACCAUGGUGGGCGGCCAGCUGAAGAACCUUACUGGGAGCCUGGGGGGCGGCGAGGACAAGGGGGACGGGGACAAGUCGGCCGCCGAAGCGCAGGGCAUGAGCCGAGAGGAGUAUGAGGAGUACCAGAAGCAACUGGUGGAAGAGAAGAUGGAGCGGGACGCGCAGUUCACUCAGAGGAAGGCAGAGCGGGCCACGCUGCGGAGCCACUUCCGAGACAAAUACCGGCUGCCCAAGAACGAGACAGAUGAGAGCCAGAUCCAGAUGGCAGGUGGAGACGUGGAGCUGCCCCGGGAGCUGGCCAAGAUGAUUGAGGAGGACACAGAGGAGGAGGAGGAAAGGGCCUCGGUCCUUGGGCAGCUGCCCAGUCUCCCUGGCUUGGACCUUGGCUCACUUAAGGACAAGGCCCAGACCACACUGGGGGACCUCAAGCAAUCCGCGGAGAAGUGCCACAUCAUGUGA